GCUCCUGCUGCUGCUGGCGGCGGGGCCCGGCGAGGGCGAGGCGGUGGGGCCGGAGCCGGGCCCGGGGCCGGGGCCUGCGCUGCCCUCCCGGGCCUGGCGGAGCGGCACGGUGCGGGCCAUGAGCGGAGCCGUGCCCCAGGACCUGGCGAUGGGGAAACUCAGCCAGUGAGACUAAAUGGCUUGACCAAGGUCAUGCAGGAAGCCUCUGAUGCAGCAGGGAAUUGAACCUGGGUCUUUGGCUACUCUCUAGCAACUGAUGGACCAUCCUUCCUUUCAAAACUAGAUCUUUGUGGAAUUUGAUGGCUGUAACUGGAAGCAACAUGCCUGGGUGAAAGUCCAUGCUGAAGAAGUUAUAGUGCUGUUGCUGGAAGGAUCAUUGGUUUGGGCUCCUCGAAAUGAUCCAGUUAUGCUUCAGGGGACUCGUGUCUCACUGGCACAGUGGCCUGCACUAACCUUCACUCCUCUAGUAGAUAAGCUGGGCUUAGGCUCUGUGGUGCCAGUAGAGUUUCUUCUGGACAGACAUUUACGUUUCCUAUCUGAUGCCAGUGGAUUACGGUUGUUUCAGAUGGGAACAGAGAGCCAAAAUCGGAUUCUGCAGGAGCAGUCUUCACUAAGAGAAUCUGUCAAUGCAUUGAUCAGUGACCAGAAGCUUCAGGAGAUAUUUAGUAGAGGUCCUUACAGUGUCCAAGGCCAAAGAGUUAAGGUUUAUCAACCAGAGGAUGAAAAUAGCUGGCUCUGUGGUGUUGUGAGCCAUCAAGACCCAAUAACUCGUCUUAUGGAGGUGUCUUUGACUGAGAGUGGUGAAGUUAAGUCAGUGGAUCCUCGACUGAUUCAUGUGGUGAUGGAUAAUACUUCUCCAAGUGAGGGAGGGGGCCUAAAAGCAGCUAAAUCAUCUAAAGGGAAAAAGAAGAAAGAAAGUCUGGAGGGAAAGGAUGGACGGAGGAGGAAAAAUGCCUCAGAUUCUGGGUGUGAUCCUGCAACAAAGAAGCUAAAGGAGAGGGGUGAGGUGGAUAGCAAUGGUAGUGAUGGAGGUGAGGCAAGCAGAGGUCCUUGGAAAGGAGGCUCCAGUAGCGAAACAGGACUGGAUCCAAGGGCCAAGCAGUUGCCUUCAUUCAUUCCGCAGAUUAAUCGCAAUAUUCGCUUUGCCACUUACACCAAAGAGAAUGGCCGAACACUAGUAGUCCAGGAUGAGCCAGUUGGUGGUGACACACCAUUGCCCUUCACUCCAUUUUCCUCUGUGGCUGGACAAGCUUUGCUAGCUGGAUCUGGAUGUAAAGAGGCAGGAAAAUCACUGGAACAAGUUGGCCAAGGCACGGUGACUUCUGCAACUGCAGUUACUACAGCUGCUUUGACGCCAACAACUGUGAGAAUCUCUGAUACCAGUUUGCCACCUGUUACUGGGCAGGAGAAACUGAAAACAGGCCGAUCACAAGCCCAGGGAGAGAAUUCCCAGAAUUCACUUCUGGCUUCUGGAUUUGGAAUCUCGCUCCCAAGUGCUUCUCAGUCCUUGAUUUUUGGGGGUGGAAGGAGCCAAUCAAAUGGAGUGGUGACUACGGAAAGCAAGCCUUCUGGAUUUCCUUUUGGCUCUAGUACUGGACAAGAGGCUCAGAAAGAUUCUGAUCUAUCCAAGAACUUGUUUUUUCAGUGCAUGUCCCAAAAUCUACCUUCCAGUAACUACUUUACGGUCAUUUCGGAGAGCUUGACUGAAGAUGCCUCUAGUCGGGACUCAUUCAAGCAGUGUACAGAGAGUGUGGGUGCUGGCAUCUGUAAAGGCAAAAGUCUUUCAGUGGACACGAAACCAGGAGCCCAGUCUGGUGGUUCUGUGGAGCGGAAGCUGCCUGUGGAGUCUAUGCCUACGCUUACUCCAGCCUUUUCACGAAGUGUGUUGAAUACUCGUCCCCCAGAUAGUCACGAAAACCUAUUUUUGCAGCCCCCAAAGCUAUCAAGAGAGGAACCCUCAAACCCUUUCCUGGCAUUUGCUGAGAAAGCAGAACUUAGUCCUUUCAGUGGCUUUGCAUCUUCAUCUCAGACAGGGGUUUCUAUUCCCUCUACACCUGUGGGUCACAAGGCCACUUCUGGCUGGCUGGAAUCACUCACCUCUGCAGACUCCUCCCUAUCUAAGAAGAAGACCUUGUUUAUAACAACUGACUCUUCAAAGAUGAUCUCCAGUACUCCCGGUUCAACAGUUGCUGCUGGUGUUCAGAGCCCUUCCACUAUAGGGAAUGGCUGUUCCAGCUCACCAACCAGUAACUUGACACAGCCUAUUGAGAUGCCCACACUUUCUUCCAGCCCAACAGAAGAAAAACCAGCUGUUGGGCCUGGCCAGCAGGACAAUCCUCUUCUGAAAACCUUUUCUAAUGUGUUUGGCAGACACCCACCUGGCUUUUUCUCUUUGCAGGCAGAAUUUCCACAGGAGAGCAAAGCCCCUUUUGAAGCUGUGAAAAGGUUCUCUCUAGAUGAGCGAAGCUUGACGUCCAAACAGGACUCAGACUCCAGUACCAAUAGUGAUCUGUCAGAUCUGAGUGAUUCUGAAGACCAGCUGCAGGCCAAGGCUUGUAUGAAGGGAAUCCCUGACCACUUGAUGGCAAAGCUAGGCCCCAAUGCAGAGCGCAAUGCUGAAUUGCUGCUGGGGAAAGGAAAAGGGAAGCAAGCCCCAAAGGGCCGUCCCCGCACAGCUCCCCUAAAAGGUGAUGACUUGAAUUCAGGGUGUCUUGAAGCACAAGGAGGUGGGAUGCUGGGAUAUCUCCUGUGUGAUGAACUAUGUGAACUAUCCACAAUUGGUCAGUCUGUGCUGAAAGAUAUGAGCAAGGUGAGAAAGCUGAAACAGUCAGGUGAGCCUUUUCUUCAGGAUGGCUCUUGCAUCAAUGUGGCUCCGCACCUGCACAAGUGCCGGGAGUGCCGUCUGGAGCGGUACCGCAAAUUCAAGGAGCAAGAGCAAGACGACUCAACUGUGGCAUGUCGCUUCUUCCAUUUUCGGAGGCUGAUAUUUACCCGGAAAGGUAUUCUACGAGUAGAGGGUUUCUUGAACCCACAACAGAGUGACCCUGAUGCCAUGAGCCUGUGGAUUCCUUCUUCCUCCCCUGCAGAGGGGAUCGAUCUGGAAACUUCCAAAUAUAUCCUGGCCAAUGUUGGGGACCAGUUCUGCCAGCUGGUUAUGUCAGAGAAGGAGGCAAUGAUGAUGGUGGAGCCACAUCAGAAAGUGGCAUGGAAACGAGCAGUACGUGGCGUGAGGGAAAUGUGUGAUGUAUGUGAGACAACACUCUUCAACAUCCAUUGGGUUUGUCGCAAAUGUGGUUUUGGGGUCUGCUUGGACUGUUACCGGCUGAGGAAGAGCCGUCCACGUAGUGAGACAGAGGAGAUUGGUGACGAGGAAGUCUUUGCGUGGCUGAAAUGUGCAAAGGGUCAGUCUCAUGAACCAGAGAAUCUUAUGCCUACACAGAUCAUUCCUGGUACAGCACUUUACAAUAUUGGAGACAUGGUUCAUGCAGCGCGAGGCAAAUGGGGUAUUAAAGCCAAUUGUCCAUGUAUUAACCGGCAGAACAAAUCCGUGUUGAGACCGGCUGUCACUAAUGGAAUAUCACAGCUUCCGACUGUAAAUCCUAGUGCAUCAGUCUCUGGAAAUGAGAACACCUUUUCCACUGGAGCAGGGACAACAGGAGUGGGGCAACUAGAAACUGACACCGUUCCAAAAUCUGAAGCAACUGAUAAUAGGAUAGAAGAAUCUGCAAAAGCAGAGACAUUACCAAACAGUAACACUGGUGAAAUAAAGACUAACAGACCGCUUUGUCCAGAAACAGCUCCAUCGUCAGCCUUACACUGGCUUGCUGAUCUAGCAACGCAAAAAGCAAAAGAAGAAACAAAAGAAUCAGGAUCACUGAGGUCAGUGCUUAACAAAGAAUCCCAUUCACCCUUUGGAUUGGAUUCCUUCAACUCCACUACAAAGGCUUCCCCACUAACUCCAAAGCUGUUUAAUAGCCUCUUGUUGGGCCCUGUGACAUCUAGCAAUAAAGCCGAAGGCUCCAGCCUCAGAGAUCUGCUGCACACAGGGCCAGGAAAGCUUCCUCAGGUCCCAUUAGACACAGGAGUCCCCUUUCCUCCAGUCUUUUCUGCAGCUUCUACGGGGGCCAAAGGUAAAGCCAGCCUGCCUAACUUCUUAGACCAUAUCAUUGCUUCUGUGGUGGAAAAUAAGAAGACAUCUGAUGCUGCAAAACGAGCUAGUAAUUUAGCUGACACACAGAGAGAGGUGAAGGAAAUGGUAAUGGGCUUAAAUGUGCUGGAUCCACACACUUCCCACUCUUGGCUGUGUGAUGGUAGACUCCUUUGCCUUCAUGAUCCUAGCAACAAAAACAACUGGAAGAUCUUCAGGGAGUGCUGGAAACAAGGCCAGCCCGUGCUGGUAUCUGGUGUCCAUAAGAAGUUGAAGUCAGAGCUUUGGAAACCAGAAGCUUUCAGCCUGGAAUUUGGAGAUCAAGAUGUAGAUUUGGUGAACUGCAGGAACUGUGCCAUAAUUUCAGACGUGAAAGUGCGUGACUUCUGGGAUGGCUUUGAGAUAAUACCUAAACGGCUACGGUCAGAGGAUGGUCAACCAAUGGUACUAAAGUUAAAGGACUGGCCUCCAGGGGAGGACUUCAGAGAUAUGAUGCCUACAAGGUUUGAGGACUUGAUGGAAAACCUUCCCCUUCCUGAAUAUACCAAGAGGGAUGGCAGACUUAAUUUGGCUUCUAGGCUACCAAGCUACUUUGUCCGUCCUGACUUGGGUCCCAAAAUGUACAAUGCUUAUGGCUUAAUUACUGCAGAAGACAGACGAGUUGGUACCACAAACCUGCACUUGGAUGUGUCUGAUGCUGUUAAUGUCAUGGUAUACGUUGGGAUUCCCAUUGGGGAAGGGACCCAUGAUGAUGAGGUUCUGAAAACAAUUGAUGAGGGAGAUGCUGAUGAUGUAACAAAGCAGCGAAUCCAUGAAGGAAGAGAGAAACCCGGGGCAUUGUGGCAUAUCUAUGCUGCCAAGGAUGCUGAAAAGAUACGGGAGCUUCUCCGGAAGGUCGGAGAAGAACAAGGCCAAGAAAACCCCCCAGAUCAUGACCCCAUUCAUGACCAAAGUUGGUACUUGGACCAGACCUUACGCAAGCGACUCUAUGAUGAGUAUGGUGUACAGGGCUGGGCAAUAGUGCAGUUCCUUGGAGACGCUGUAUUCAUUCCUGCAGGUGCUCCCCAUCAGGUCCAUAAUUUGUACAGCUGCAUUAAAGUGGCAGAAGAUUUUGUAUCUCCAGAACAUGUGAAGCACUGCUUCCGUCUGACCCAGGAGUUCAGGCACCUGUCUAAUACUCAUACAAACCAUGAGGAUAAACUGCAGGUGAAGAACAUUAUCUACCAUGCAGUGAAAGAUGCUGUUGGCACACUGAAAGCUCAUGAAUCCAAGCUAGCUAGAUCAUAGGAAUUUCUAAUUCCAAAUGCCCUGUGAACUAAGCCUUUUGCUCACAGUACAUACAGGGACUGCACAUGACUGCCUCUGCAGGUGCAGGGGCUUCUCACCAAGAGCUGGUGUGGUCAGAAUUACACACACUCUUCAGGCACCGUUUUGUACGCUGCCUCAACACUCAAGGUCUAAUGGAAGGUUGCACUAUUACAUGCAGAAUUCCAGAUUCUAGUGAAAGGUGCCAUGUCCCUUUCCUGUGGCCUUUUGCAAAUUGGAAGAACAUGGAAACCACUUGGUGCAUAUUAUGGUUAGAAAUGGUAUAAAGAGUGUGGAUGGUUUUUUUUUUCCUCAUGCCUAGUUAGACUCCACAAAGUUAUUAGAAGAAAUGUGCUGGAGGUGGGUUGUCCUACUGCAGACGUAGUUGAUAACUGCUGAAGGAGUGUGACCAACAGUAGCCCAACUGCAGAAAUUUAAGCAAUCUUCCCAUGUGAGAUACAGGCCAAGGAAAAGAAUAAAAUUAUUCUCUGCACUCCCCUUCUUGUAGCCAUUUCUCUGUACACUGUAGAGGUGCAGAAAUAAAGGGAGAACCCACUUUUUUUUUCCCCAUGAGACUCCAGAAAUAAAGAGAAUUGUGUAUUUAGUGAAAAACUAGGUUUGUAGUGAAACAGUUAAUAUUUCAUGAAAGUAGAUAUUUUUAGUAUUUUUAAAGUACCACACUGUUCCUGGAUUUUUAAGGAAAGGCGCGUUACAUUUAGUCUUCCUUACAAUAAAAUCAAGAACUGAUUUUUAGAAACCAGUCCAAAAUAGCACAAAACCAGCCAAAGGAGAGCGGAUAGAAAUCGACACCCCACCUCCCUUGCCCAUAUUCCUCACCCAUCCUCCCCCCUCUCCCUAUGCCACUUUGCUUCCUCAGAAUGAGAAGUAAGAAGGAGUAUAAACUCUGUUCUCAUGUGGAGAUGUUGUACAUCUCUCCCUGCACUGGUGACUGCAGGCAAUAGUUCACCCAAUACCAGUGCUAACUGAAAACAUCUAUCCUUUCCAAAGUGAAGGAGAAGUUAACUUUCAGUGUCAACUUUGUCCAGAACUAUUUUAAGUAAAAUGUUCCUGCUUGAUAGAACUGUAUUCAGAAUUUACUAAUGUCAGCAUUGAUGCAACGGAUUUCAUUGUCCGGGUACACGGAGAAAUGUAUCUACCUUAUAUCCAGCUGUACUGUAGUGCCACCCGCAGGCCUGUUAAUAUGUUCACGGUUAUUUCAUUUUUUAAAAAAUAAAGUCAUUUACUGUAA